GCCCCCAAGGAAGUAUUUGCAUGAAAAAGCUGAUGAAACCUACCAGGCAUGUCAACACGAGUUGACCAACAUGCAAGAAGUAGCAGAUGCUAUCGUUCGAUAUGACCUUGAUGACCAGGAUGUGAUAUGGCUGCAGCUCGUCAAUGAUGACAGAGAAGAAAUGGGUUUACAGCUGAUAAAUGAGUGGAACUUGGAAAGAAUGAUUGAAGAACUAGAGAAUCAGUGUUACAUUAAAACGAAUGCUCUGAAGAAGACGGAAGAGGGGCUUGGGAUAGAGUAUGAUGAGGAUGUCGCAUGUGAUGUUUGUAGAAUGUUGGAGAGCGAAGAUACAAAUGAGAUGGUGUUUUGUGAUGGCUGUGAUAUCUGUGUUCACCAGGCCUGCUAUGGGAUUCAAACUAUCCCAGAAGGCAGCUGGUUGUGUAGAAUCUGCGCACUCGGGAUCAAGCCCAUGUGCUUGUUGUGUCCAAAAAGGGGAGGAGCCAUGAAGUCCACAAAGAGUGGAACUAAGUGGACCCAUGUCAGUUGUGCUCUGUGGAUACCCGAGGUCAGCAUUGGGUGUCCGGAGAAGAUGGAGCCAAUCACAAAGAUAUCCAACAUACCACCCUCACGGUGGGCUCUGGUGUGCUGCUUGUGUAAAGAGCGUGUGGGGGCCUGUAUCCAGUGCUCUGUGAAACAGUGCAAGACAGCUUUUCAUGUGACCUGUGGCUUUGCUCAUAACCUGGAUAUGAAAACUAUUGUUGAUGAUUCUGAUGAUGCUGAUGGGAUUCACUUACGGGCUUACUGUCCAAAACACACGAAAAACCAAAAUGCAUCUGAAUCGGAAUCACCAAAGAAGGAAGAUCUAGCAGAUAAUGAGAAUGAUGUUUCUGAAGCUGAAAUGGCAAAGAAGAGAUCAGAAAAGCUCAAACAGCUGGAGGAAGAGUUCUAUACUCUAGUAGACACCCAUGAGAUAGCUACCAAGUUUUUUAUACCCGAGGAGGCAGUCGACAUUGUUACAGAAUAUUGGAAGCUGAAGAGAAAGGUGAAUAAAAAUAAGCCCCUGAUAACUCCAAAGAUGGAGGAGGAAGAUCAAAUGCAGAAACAGCAACAGGACAGUCUCAGCGCUCGAAUGAAGAUGUUUGUUCAUUUGAGACAGGAUUUAGAGAGGGCUCGCAACCUUUGCUAUAUGAUCAGCAAGCGAGAAAAGAACAAACGACAACUCUUCAAGUUAAAAGAGGGCGUCUUUCAUGCCCAGAUUAGAGUUCUGACAGAUCCGGAUCUGAAUCUGAGUGCCAGAGAAGCGGAGAAAGUUCGGCAGGACUAUUAUUUUGAUUCGAUUUACAGUGACUACGGAGCUGGAUCUGCCCGCAGCAACAGCAGACAACCACGGGAAAAUCUGUUCACUCUGGAAAAUCUUAAAACCCCAAAGGAUUUUGAUGAAAGCAGUGAUGAAUUGAGUAAACGAGGUGGCAAAAUUUCUCACAAGUCUGUGAGAUUGGGCAAAAGUAUUACAAAGAAAGAUGUGGGUUUGUUAAAGGGGUAUGGCUCCCUAACAGCUUCGGCCUCGACCAGUGACAAGUCCACACUUCAUAAGAGGGGUAACAUCUUUUCUGAGGGUUUAAAGAUACUGACCGAUUCCACAGCAGAAAGUAGUGAGGAGGAAUCUCUAGCCACCUUAGCAAAAACAACCCAGUCUUCCCAAAUGAGCAGGUUGGGAAAAGUAAAGCUGAAGGAGAUAGAAGAGAAGGGGUCAGAUGGUGAGCCCGGGGACGUCAGAACUUUUCCUGAGUCGCCCACCAAGAAGUUCGUCCCUUCAAGUGACCUGAGAAAGAAACUGACUUCAAUUCUGCAGUCCAAAAAUAUGAUGCACCAGCGUCAAGAGAAGAUGCCACCAGUUCUGUCAAAGUCAGUGACCGGAGCCUUGCAUGUGGAUGUAGAGAACUCCGAUAGCGACAUGUUUACAUCUGACACAAAUACAGAUUUGGUAUCCCCGGCUGACCAGCCUCGGAAUUUGUUUGACCAGUUUAAGGUACAAGGGAAACCUAUUUUGUCAUCCCCUGAAAUCCAAAGUGUGACCACAGCACGCUCACGUUCGCAUUACAGAAAGUACAAAAUUAAGAAGCACAUUCGCAGGCACAAGAAAUCCAGGCUGCAGCUGUUGUCGUCGUCUGACCAGUCCAAUUCCUCCAGCACCACAAAUAAACCAGAAUCUGCAGUCUCUGGUGCCGCAGACAUUGCCUCGGUUAGGCAGACUAGUCAUCUGUUGAGCGAUGAUACAGACCACGAUGUUUCCUCUUUAAGCCCCACCCUGACGGCCGAUGCAUCUGAUGUUGAUUGUCACAGCAGCUCCCACCCAUUCAGCACCUCACAGCUGCAGUCAGGUAAAGGGAAAAAGAGGAAGCUGCACAGAGAUCUCAUUUCAUUGGAGCCUUCUGGGAAAUCUCUUCAUGUUUUAGACAAUACGAUGCCACAGCUGUCGCCCUCACCCAGGGUAAACCCACGUGAUAUUUAUUCUACGAUAGAUGGCGACAUCUAUGUCCCUAGUGGUAAGAUUCAGAUCACUGAAAGAACGAUAAUUCUAGAUGACCCAGUUGAAGAGAAGCGUCCUCGCCCUCGAAGUAAACUUAGGCUGAAAAAGCAAGCCAAUUCACCUGUUAAAGGCAUAAUUAGUUAUGAAGUUGUCAAAGAUAACUAUGAUAGACAUGAUGCUAAUGAAGAUGUUAAGCCAAAGAGUGACGCUGAGGAAAAGAGAAAUAUCUUUGACAGUGUGCUGGACAAAGAUUUGUCAGAAGCUGAGAUUAUAGAGAAAAAGUCUGAGUCUGAGUUGCCUUCGUUCAGUCCAAGAAGCCUUCGGAAACAUAAAAAACAGGAAGAUGUUGAUCUGGAAACACCGGAUAAAAAGAUUUCUGAUUCAUAUCAUCCAGAGUCCGUGGCAGAGGUUAAAACCGAAGUGGAAUAUCAGAAUGAUUGUUCAGAAAAUGACAUUCAUAUUGAAUCUAGACAAAAGAGGACAAGAAGCAGAUCGCUGCUGCCAACAUCAUUGCCUGCAGAUAAUGACGCGAAGGGGGCCUCGGCUGACGAAAAUUUUAAACCCAGAUUUGAGCCGUCAAGAGUUUCUCCGCCGCACACCCGCAGGUCACGGACGUCUCGCCAGAGUCAUACGGAUGAAACUGAUGGAGAAGAUGGGUCUGAGGAUUUCAGAAUAAAUCAGUCGAGAAAAAAGUGUUCCUACACCCGCAUGUCCACUGAUGGACAGGGGGGUCGAGGGGUUGUGUUGACAUCCGUACCAAACAAACUGGCAGCCCUUCAUGACAGCAGGCAAUUAAUUGUUAAAGACGAUGUGAAAAAACGUGUCAUUGCUAAUUUAGAUAAAAUUAUAAAAGGUAGGAGUAGGUGGCGCGGGAAUGGGUUUGUGGAUCGUUCUCAAACAUCCAUAGAUAGAUUUGUGAAAAGAACUAAUAGCAGUGAAAAUGUAUUCUCAAAGCCAGAUGUGAUAAAAGAUCCUCAUGCAAAACGUGUAUCAUCACAGCCGACUAGACAUGAUCUCACCCCGCUUCAGGUAAAUAAAUCAUCGUCACCAAACACACCAAAUGAUAGAAGUUUCUCAAGUAAAUUAUCUGUUUCAUCUCCCAUUAAGGCAGCCCCUAGAGAUAAUGUCUUUGGUGCUCACACUUCCUCGAGAAACAUUUUUAACAAUUAUCGUAUACCCAGAAAAGUGGAUAGUUCUUCCUGUGGUCAGAACGCAACACCCACAAAUAUUGGGGACACUUCUCACAAAACAGGGGACAGUUCUGACAAAACAGGGGACAGUUCUGACAAAACAGGGGACAGUGCCUUGUUUGGUGAUCUGGACAAGCUUCAAAGUCCCGGACCGAAAGAGCAGCUUUCAUUUGAAGACGUCAGUCGCAAUGCCGACCUUGCAGCCGUAGUGAAAACGCCCCCAAAAUGUGACCCAGCUGGACUUAAUGAAGACAAGCUGGACGGCAACAGGAGUUAUCGAUCACAGUCCCCUCCAUCCAGCGAGGGCAGUGGGGCUUCUUCCAGAAUUCUGCAACUGGAUUCCCGAGAAGGGACGCCUAGCCGGAGAAUAACCCGCAGUCAUAUUAUGGAGGAUGCUCAGAGCCCAGGCACCCGAAGUCGGACGAGGGAGGGUUUCCUCAAAGCUUCCCAGUUAAAAUUCUCCUGA